AUGGUGGGGAUGCAGGUCGUCGACGUGCCGAAGCUGGCGGCGCCGGCGCCGGCGCCGGCGCGCGUGCCGGUGCCCGCUGCGAAGCCGUUCCUCCAGACCCUCGGCGCCAACCUGAAGGAGACCUUCUUCCCCGACGACCCGUUCCGCGCCGUGGCUCGCGAGGAAGGCCGCUGCCGGCGCGCCGCGGCCGCGCUCCGGUACGUGUUCCCCUGCCUGGAGUGGCUUCCGUCCUACACCCUCGGCGUGCUCCGUUCCGACCUCAUCGCCGGCGUCACCGUCGCCAGCCUCGCCGUCCCCCAGGGCAUCAGCUACGCCAAGCUCGCCGACCUCCCGCCCAUCAUGGGACUAUACUCUAGUUUCGUGCCAGCGCUGGUGUACGCGGUGAUGGGGAGCUCCAAGGACCUGGCGGUGGGCACAACGGCGGUGGGGUCCCUGCUGUUCGCGGCGAUGCUGGGUAAGGAGGCGUCGCCGGCAGACAGCCCGGAGCUGUACAUGCACCUUGCAUUCACGGCCACCUUCUUCGCCGGCGUGUUCCAGGCCGGACUGGGCAUCCUCAGGCUGGGAUUCGUGGUGGACUUCCUGUCGCACGCCGCCAUUGUCGGCUUCAUGGGCGGCGCAGCCACGGUGGUGUGCCUGCAGCAGCUCAAGGGCCUCCUCGGCCUCCAGCACUUCACCACCUCCACCGACGUCGUCGACGUCAUGCGAGCCGUCUUCUCGCAGACCCACAUGUGGCGAUGGCAGAGCGUGCUUCUCGGGUGCUCCUUUAUCGUCUUCCUCCUCGUGACUCGCUUCUUCAGCAAGAGGCGGCCCAAGUUCUUCUGGGUGUCGGCGGCGGCGCCGCUGGUAUCUCUCAUCGUUGGAAGCGUUCUGGUGUAUCUCACCCAUGGGGAAAACCAUGGCAUCCAAGUGAUUGGCAACCUCGCCAAGGGCAUAAACCCGGCGUCGGCCAAGAACCUGAUCCUGUCGCCGCCGCACAUGAUGGUCGCGCUCAAGACUGGCAUCAUCACCAGCCUCAUCGGGCUCGCGGAAGGGAUCGCCGUGGGCCGGAGCUUCGCCAUGGCCAAGAACUACCACGUAGACGGCAACAAGGAGAUGAUCGCCUUCGGCCUGAUGAACGUCAUCGGGUCCUGCACCUCCUGCUACCUGACCGCCGGCCCCUUCUCGCGCUCCGCCGUGAACGUCAACGCCGGCUGCAAGACGGCCAUGUCGAACGCCGUCAUGGCGGUGGCCGUGGCCAUCACGCUCCUCUUUCUGACGCCGCUCUUCCACUACACCCCGCUGGUGGUGCUCUCGGCCAUCAUCGUGUCGGCCAUGCUGGGCGUCAUCGACUUCCCGGCAGCCGCGCGGCUCUGGAAGGUGGACAAGCUCGACUUCUGCGUCUACCUCGGCGUCGUCUUGGGCGACAUCGAGAUCGGUCUCUCCAUCGCAGUUGGGAUAUCGGUUCUCCGCAUCCUGCUCUUCGUGGCGCGGCCGAGGACCACGAUGCUCGGGAACAUGCCCAACUCGACCAUCUACAGAAGGAUGGACCAGUACACCAUGGCAGAGACCGUGCCUGGGGUGCUCGUGCUGCACGUCGACUCGCCUAUCUACUUUGCCAAUGCCAGCUACCUGCGAGAGAGGAUCUCGCGGUGGAUCGACGAGGAGGAGCACCGAAUCAAGGAUGCAGGUGAGGAGAGCCUGCAGUGCAUCGUCCUGGACAUGGGUGCCGUUGCCAGCAUCGACACGAGCGGGACGAAGCUGAUUGAGGAUCUCAAGAAGAGCCUAGACAGGAAGAGCAUGCAGAUUGCGCUGGCGAACCCGGGGAGCGAAGUCAUGAAGAAACUGGACAAGUCCAAGGUGCACGGGCUCAUCGGCGACGAGUGGAUCUUCCAGACGGUGGCCGAGGCGUGCGACAACGCGCUGCUCAACUGCAAGAUAGCAAGGAGUGUCUGA